GGGAGCGGCGGGACAGUUGAGUGUCCGCGCGGCGGGGCCGGGCUGAGCGAGGUACGGGCGGCUGAGGCGGGCGGGCUGGGCCGUUCCAACAGCACUGCUUGUCGUACCGGCUUCGAAUCCUUGCGUUUGCUACUCAUUUGGAGGUUUUUGUUUGUUUGUUUUUGUUUUGUUUUUUCAUUAAUACCGAUAUGCAAGGCGAUGCACUCGCGUUCUGCAGUUUAGCUAAGUGAAAGUUAAUCGUCGCGUCUUUGCAGUUGCCCACAAGACCCAUUUAACCUCGUCACCCGUGCCGGGAACGUCUCUUCGUACUUUACAGAGAGCAGCUUGUUGAGUUUGUGCCAGGAUGGGAAGCGAAACCGCCUUUACCAGGGCUCCGUGCUCGCCCAGCUGAGCUGACGUGUGACGCUUUAAGACAGUCUUUGUGUUUCAUUUUCAUGCAGUUGCUAAGAUGCUUUUAAGGAGAAAAAUGCAACCGAAUUCAAUGCUUCUGAAGCCGGACGCGUUCACGAGAUGUUUUAGGCGGUGGUUUCAUGAGCAGCACAACCAAAUAUGAGGCGAUCAGCAGCUCCAAGUCAAGCGCUGGGAAAUGUAGCUAAAAAAACAAGGUUUAUACCACCAGGAAAAAGUAACACAAUUUGUCUCAAGAAUGAAACUAAGGAGAUGGACCAAGGAAUGAAAUUAAAGGAGAUGGAUGAGAAAGAGGGAAGUGCUUCAUUACUUUCUAAAAUACAUGGCCAGAAUCAAAAUGAAAAUUUUACACUGUCUGUGGAGUCAGCUGGAAAAGUAAAGACUACAAAAGCAUGUUUCAGCGUUACUAAGUGUAGCAAGGUGGAAAUGAAAACACUAAAUAUGGUGAAAGCUGAUGCAUUGUAUUUGCCAGCAUCGGGGACAGCAAAGGAAGCAGCAGCUCAGGAAGAACCUGAGUGCCUCGUGAAAUAUUUCAGUGUUGUGUGGUGUAAGGCAUCAAAGAAAAAGCACAAGAAAUGGGAAGGCGAUGCUGUUCUUAUUACAAAAGGAAAGUCAGUAAUAUUGAAAGAUAUGGAAGGCAAAGACAUUGGAAGAGGUACUGGAUAUAAAUCUAAAGAGCUAGACAGUCUUGAUGAAGGCCAAACACUGAUGGUUGGAGGAAAAGAAAUUGAAGUGAUGGGUGUAAUUUCAGCAGAUGACUUCAGCAGUGGCAGGUGUUUUCAGGCUGGAAUAGGGACACAUUACACAGACCAAACUUCUUUAUCUCAAACUAACAUGAAACCAUUCUGUAAACCAUUCAAAAGUGUCUGUCAACCCAAAACUAAAGAGAAUAUGCUCAAAGAUUCUCAAAGCUGCAAACCUCGCCACGAUCCAAAUGCUUCAAAUUCUUUGGUUAUGCCAAGACCAAAUGCAAGUCAUCAGUGGGCGUUCAAUAAGGCUGGUUUACCUCUGGUGGAUGUAGUUGUGGAUCCAUACAUUGCAAAUAAUCUACGACCGCAUCAGAGAGAAGGAAUUAUAUUUCUAUAUGAAUGUGUAAUGGGAAUGAGAGUCAGUGGCAGAUUUGGAGCUAUUCUUGCUGAUGAAAUGGGCUUAGGAAAAACAUUGCAAUGCAUUGCACUUGUCUGGACUCUUCUGCGUCAAGGGGUCUAUGGGUGCAAACCUGUACUAAAGCGAGUGCUGAUUGUCACCCCUGGGAGUCUGGUAAAAAACUGGCAAAAAGAAUUUCAGAAAUGGUUGGGAAGUGAAAGGAUCAAAGUCUUCACAGUUGAUCAGUUACAGAAACAACAGGAAUGCUCGGGCCUCAUCCAGACACCUGGGGAAAUGGGUGCGUGCUCUUGUUACCUGCUCCUCACUGUUCAUUGCUUCCCCCGGCGUGUGCUGGGCCUCGUCCUGAGCAGCAUGUGGGGACUGAUCUACCACAAGGACCACAAAGUAGAAGAAUUCAUUGGUUCACCACUUUAUUCAGUUUUGAUAAUCAGUUACGAGAUGCUACUCCGAUCUUUGGAUCAAAUUCAGGCUAUAGAAUUUAAUCUCCUAAUAUGUGAUGAAGGACAUCGUCUGAAAAAUAGCUCUAUUAAGACAACUACAGCCCUCACAAGUCUGUCUUGUGAGAGGAGAAUUAUCCUUACUGGUACUCCAAUCCAAAAUGACUUGCAAGAAUUUUAUGCAUUAAUAGAGUUUGUGAAUCCAGGAAUACUUGGUUCUUUAUCCACAUAUAGAAAGAUAUAUGAGGAACCGAUUGUCAGGUCUAGAGAACCUUCAGCAACAGAGGAGGAAAAGGAAUUAGGAGAAAAAAGAGCAGCAGAACUCACGCGUCUCACUGGACUCUUUAUUCUUAGGAGAACUCAGGAGGUUAUAAACAAAUUUCUGCCCCCCAAAAAGGAGAGCAUAAUCUUCUGCCGACCAACAGCGCUGCAACUUGAAUUGUAUCGAAAACUGCUUAGUUCUCAAGUUAUUAGGUUCUGCCUACAAGGCAGACUGGAAAACAGCCCUCACCUAAUAUGUAUAGGAGCUUUGAAAAAACUUUGCAAUCAUCCAUGUCUUCUGUUUAAAGCUAUAAAGGAAAAAAGCUGUGACCCUGUGUCUGAUGAACAUGAUGAGUCCAGUCUCUACAAAGGUCUGAUAGAUGUCUUUCCCCAAGAUUAUACUUCGGAUACUUUCUCUGAAACGGAUUCAGGAAAAUUGCAGGUGCUGGUGAAGCUGUUAGCAGCAAUCCAUGAGCUCAACCCUUCUGAAAGAGUCGUGCUGGUAUCCAAUUACACUCAGACAUUAAAUGUAUUACAAGAGACAUGCAAACGUUUUGGAUACUCUUAUACUAGACUUGAUGGAAACACUCCUGUUUCCCAACGGCAACAGAUUGUUGAUAAUUUUAAUAGUAAAUUCAGUCCAGAUUUUAUCUUUUUGCUGAGUUCAAAGGCCGGCGGAGUAGGACUCAAUCUGGUUGGAGCAUCUCAUUUGGUCCUGUAUGAUAUCGACUGGAAUCCAGCUACCGAUAUUCAGGCAAUGGCCAGAGUGUGGAGAGAUGGUCAGAAACACACCGUACAUAUCUACAGGCUGCUAACCACAGGCUCAAUAGAAGAAAAGAUUUAUCAAAGACAGAUCAGCAAACAGGACCUUUCUGGGGCAGUUGUAGACCUUUCCAAGACGUCUGAACACAUCCAUUUUUCCAUAGAGGAGCUUCGAAAUCUCUUUACUGUUCAUGAAGAUUCCAGCUGUGUUACUCAUGACUUGCUGGAGUGCGACUGUAUGGGAAAGAAAGACCAUCAAAGUUCUUCCUCAGAUAAGCCUUCUGUAUCUAGAAGCUGCCAGCUUGGCCAAAACCAUGGGAAGCCUAAUUCAAAGAAACCACUCUCCAUGUCACAGUUGAUGCAAUGGAAACAUUUCUCUGGGGAACAUCACACUCUAGAUGAUCCUUUCCUUGAAAGGAUAAAAGAGAACGUUUCUUUCAUUUUCCAGAAUGUAACCAGUCCAACAUCCUCCACCUAAUAAAACUUAAGUGUCUUUCCUACCACUUACAUCCUCCUCCUCAUAGGUAAACAACUGAUGAGCACUUACCUUCUGUUCUUUUGCCAAGUUCUGUUUUGUGUUUUUCUGACAAGGUUUCUGGGUAAAUGUGAUUACUGGUGUUUAUACAAAGUUACAGUUAUUACUAAGUUAAUCAUACUUACCAUAAUUAUAAUACAGAUUUUUAAAAAUAACUUUGCUUUCCAGUCUUCUGUUGAUAAAAUAAUUAGUAAGAUUGUUUUUAUGCACAUUCCUGUGUAUGUCUACUUUGUUUUAUAGUUUUCAUUUGAUCAUAAAGAUGUAUUGCUUGUAAAGCUGGCAGCUCUUGAGCCAAAACUGAUUAGAUUAUGUGAUGCUAUAUACAUGCGAAUGCUGUUAACAAGACUCUGGUUGGAUUUUUGUUUUGACAAUGGAAAGUUAUAUAUCUGUAUAACUGCAGCUUUAUAACAAGGUAGGUGUUCAUUCCGUUGAAUUUACAAUUUAAUAAAACUCAGAGCAAAAGCCAGUGAGAUCCAAAAUUCUGACACCACAGCUUGAUACUGUGUCAAAAUAUUCUGAAAUUCAACUCUUGCUUUUCCUUGAAAAAAUAAACUUUAUUUCUCAGAUGUACAAA